CCCCACCCCACCCGCCUGCAUCUCCCCAAAAGCCAGGUGUGGGGCUGACGGGCUUGGCAGCCCAUGGCAGCAGCUCGGCCCCACGGUGAACGUCUGAACUCCUCGUUGGGGUGAUGGGCCCCCGCUUGCCACCCCCACCAUCGCCAGACAGCACCGCCUGAGUGGCAGGGAUACCCAGUCUUUGGAGAGCGACGGCUUCUCCCUGGCUCGGCCACGCUAGAACGCUCCCAAGCCCAUUCUGCCGAGUGACUUAAAGAGAUAAAAGAAAGGAAAAACGUGGUGAAGAGAAAAGGGGUUAAAUCCACGCAGAAGCCUUUCAGAGGAGGGGGCAGCCAGCAGACAAAAGGGGGAGAGGCCAAAGAGGUUGUGGAAGUCGCCAGCAGCGAGGGGCCACCCCACCCUGUGAUGGGCACCUGGGGCUAGAGCAUGCCCGGGGUGCACAGGCAGCAUGCCCUUGGCUACAAGCAGGAGUCCCCAGGUGGCCUGGUGGCCCCCACACCCACGCCCCUCACUCUGGGGCGAGAGGCCAGCAGCGGUGCCUGAGGUCUAAGUCAUUCACGGAGGACACAGCUGGGGACCCAGGCCUGCAUCUGACCACCACCAGCCUUACCGUCUGCCUUGAAGCGCCCAGCCCCACGUGGCCCAGGAGGGCAGUUUGUGCGGACCAGUGUCUGGCGGCCUAUGAGGCCCUCAGGGCCGGAAUGUGAGCCAGGCCCAGGCCCACUUUGACCCUGGAAUCCCACAAGGAUCACUAGACGGGUGAACUCAGCCGGACCGGGGGGCCUGGAGCUGUAGCGCAGGAGGAGGUGUGGAGGACCCGCCUCAGGCGGGGGCCGGGCUCCCCCAGCCGUCCACCAUGGUGGUGGCACACCCCACCGCCCCCAUCCCCGCUGUUGCCGCGCCCGCCGCCGCCGUCACGGCCACCGUUGUGAUGACCACGGCCACCAUGGACCUGCGGGACUGGCUGUUCCUCUGCUACGGGCUCAUCGCCUUCCUGAGCGAGGUCAUCGACAGCACCACCUGCCCCUCCGUGUGCCGCUGCGACAACGGCUUCAUCUACUGCAACGACCGGGGCCUCACCUCCAUCCCCGCCGACAUCCCCGACGACGCCACCACCCUCUACCUGCAGAACAACCAGAUCAACAACGCCGGCAUCCCCCAGGGGCUCAAGGCCAAGGUCAACGUGCAGGUCAUCUACCUGUACGAGAACAACCUGGACGAGUUCCCCUUGAACCUGCCGCGCUCCUUGCGGGAGCUCCACCUGCAGGACAACAAUGUCCGCACCAUCGCCAGGGACUCGCUGGCCCGCAUCCCGCUGCUGGAGAAGCUGCACCUGGACGACAACUCGGUGUCCACCGCCAGCAUCGAGGAGGACGCCUUCGCCGACAGCAAUCGGCUCAAGCUGCUCUUCCUGAGCCGCAAUCACCUGAGCAGCAUCCCCUCGGGGCUGCCCCGCACGCUGGAGGAGCUGCGGCUGGAUGACAACCGCAUCUCCACCAUCCCGCUGCACGCCUUCAAGGGCCUGCACAGCCUGCGGCGCCUGGUGCUGGACGGCAACCUGCUGGCCAACCAGCGCAUCGCCGACGACACCUUCAGCCGCCUGCAGAACCUCACCGAGCUCUCGCUGGUGCGCAACUCGCUGGCCGCGCCGCCGCUCAACCUGCCCAGCGCCCACCUGCAGAAGCUGUUCCUGCAGGACAACGCCAUCAGCCACAUCCCGCACAACACGCUGGCCAGGAUGCGGGGCCUGGAGCGGCUGGACCUGUCCAACAACAACCUGACCACGCUGCCCCGCGGCCUGUUCGAUGACCUCGAGAGCCUGGCCCAGCUGCUGCUGCGCAACAACCCCUGGUUCUGCGGCUGCAGCCUCAUGUGGCUGCGGGACUGGGUGAAGGCGCGGGCGGCCGUGGUCAACGUGCGGGGCCUCAUGUGCCAGGGCCCCGAGAAGGUGCGGGGCAUGGCCAUCAAGGACAUCACCAGCGAGAUGGACGAGUGCUUCGAGGCGGGGGCGCAGGGCGGCGGGGCCAACGCCGCCGCCGCCGCCAAGACCACCGCCAGCCACCACGCCUCGGCCACCACGCCCCAGGGCUCGCUGUUCACGCUGAAGGCCAAGCGGCCGGGGCUGCGUCUCCCCGAUUCCAACAUCGACUACCCCAUGGCCACCGGCGACGGCACCAAGGCCCUGGUCAUUCACGUCAAGCCCCUGACGGCGGACUCCAUCCGCAUCACGUGGGAGGCCCUGCUCCCCGCCUCCUCCUUCCGGCUCAGCUGGCUGCGGCUGGGCCACAGCCCGGCCGUGGGCUCCAUCACGGAGACCCUGGUGCAGGGGGACAAGACAGAGUACCUGCUGACGGCACUGGAGCCCAAGUCCACCUACAUCAUCUGCAUGGUCACUAUGGAGACCAGCAACACCUUCAUGGCCGAUGAGACGCCCGUGUGCGCCAAGGCCGAGACAGCCGACAGCUACAGCCCGACCACCACGCUCAACCAGGAGCAGAACUCGGACGCCCUGGCGGGCCUGCCCCUGGCGGGCAUCAUCGGGGGCGCCGUGGCCCUCGUCUUCCUCUUCCUCGUCCUGGGGGCCAUCUGCUGGUACGUGCAGCGGGCCGGCGAGCUGCUGAGCCGGGAGAGGGCCUACAACCGGGGCAGCCGGAAGAAGGACGACUACAUGGAGUCCGGGACCAAGAAGGAUAACUCCAUCCUUGAAAUCCGUGGCCCGGGGCUGCAGAUGCUGCCCAUCAACCCGUACCAUGCCAAAGAAGAGUAUGUGGUACACACCAUCUUCCCGUCCAACACCAACAGCCUAUGCAGGAGCACGCAUCCCAUCGGCUACGGCACCACCAGAGGCUACCGCGACGCCGGCAUCCCUGACGUGGACUACUCCUACACCUGAUGGCCCCCCGCUGCCGCACCAGCCCCCUGCCCCGGGCCAC